AUGACUUUCGCCGCCAGCGUCACCAUCGAGAGGGGCUCCUGCAGUCGCGGUCGGUCGAGACCUUUGCAAACCCCAGCCCUGGUGGAGGUCCCAGCACCAUACGAGGAGAAGCGAGACGGAGGGUCGUUCGUUCUAAGCGCCCGCGCAAAAUACAAACGAACAAUGCGAAGGGACUCGGAAAGCACACACACCUCUCAUCGGGUCCUUUUCCGACGACGGGUGAUGUUCGAUCAGUAG